AUGGGGCGCACACAUCGCAGACUACAGACCUCUGAGGCCGCCGGGCAGCCCGAUAUCAGACGGUCAUUUGAUAGGCCGCAACAGACUACGCAGCCUAAGAUGGCGUCAGGAAGACCACAAGGCUCCAGUGAGUCGGAAAUGUCCCCGGACGAAGAGGGACCUGUAAUAACACAAACCUCCAGCGGAGUAUACCGAAGGGAGGACUCCGACUCAGAUACAUCUCCCUCUACCAAGGGAGACAUUAAAAGACUCCUGCUCGAGCUCCGCGGGGUCUGGAAGAAGGACCUGGACGGAGUGCGAGGAGAAAUUGGCGGCAUCGUGUCCCGCCUGGGAGCGGUGGAGACCAGAGGGGUGGAGAGAGACAGCAGCCUUGCAGAAACCAGAACGAAAGUGGCAGACCAGCAGCUACAAAGACUCACCCGCGCAGUCACGACCAUGGAGGUCAGACACCGGAGGAAGAAUAUACUCAUAAGAGGGGUGCCGGAGACAGUGGGACCUGAGUCGGUGCUGGAGAUCUCCAACAAGGUGGCCACCGUGAUGGCGGAAUGGAAGCUUGUAAGCAGAAAACUAUAUGUGUCCAAAAUUGCGCACAGCACUAUAACUUCUCUGGGUGAUAACCUACAAGCGGAUGAGAAGCCUGGAAGUAGAUUACUAUAUGUUCCCAAUAUUGUAAACAGCACAAUAACUGCUCUGGGUGAUAACCUACAAGAGGAGGAGAAGCCUGGAAGUAGAUUACUAUAUGUUCCCAAUAUUGUAAAAAGCACAAUAACUGCUCUGGGUGAUAACCAGACCUUUAUCCUGGCUCCGUACUAUGACCCCCGAGGACCUACACCCAGUAUCCGGGUACUUGCCAUUAUACAUCAUUCAGUGAGAGAGCUUUAUUGUUGGUUCCAAUGUAUCCAUAGCUCCUCGGUGACAGUCAGAGCACAGAUAGACCUUCACAGAGACAGGUUUGGAUAUCCAUAUGGGACGGCUGACCUGUUAUGUACUGAGCCUCCAAACUGUACCUAUCAUUACAUAUCUGUCCAUUGGUCCAAUGCCACAAACAUAACUCAGCUGCCGUUGUUUGAAGUCAGAAACCGUCCUCCUCAUACUCUGUCUGUCAAUUUCACCGUCUGCAUUUCCACCAUGUACGGAGAUUUUAAUAAUGUUCUACAGACUAUCCAGAGCAUUGAAAUGUAUAAACUGCUUGGAGCUGGAAGAGUUACUCUCUAUGUCAACAAGUGUCAUGAGAAUGUGGACAAAGUCUUACAAUAUUACGUGGAAGAGGGAAUUCUAGAGGUCGUUCCUUGGCCAAUAGACAAAUUCUUACGAACAUCUAGAGAAUGGCAUUAUAAGUUGAAUUCCACAAAUCAGAUUGGUUACUAUGGACAAACAGCCACUUUAAAUGACUGUCUAUACAGGAAUAUGUAUAGAAGUAAGUUUGUCUUCCUUAAUGACAUUGAUGAAAUCAUUCUUCCGAUGAAACACCGUGACUGGAAGUCUUUAAUGCAGAGUCUUCAAAAGAAAUAUCCAGAGAGCAGCGUCUUCCGUAUAGAAAAUUAUUUCUUUCCAAAACAUGGAAAUGGAUAUGAAUUAAAUAAGUGGAAAGAUAUACCUGGUAUUAAUAUUCUUCUUCACAAUUAUAGGGAACAAGCAAAUAAAAUAAUGGUGGAUGCCCGUAAACUAAUAAUAGACCCCAUCAAGGUAUAUCAAACAUCGAUCCAUAAUGUUAUAAAGAAUAACGGAAAGGCAACAAACAUCUCAAAUAAAACUGCUAUUGUCUUUCAUGCAAGGAAAACUGGACCAAGGUUCGGCCAGGAGUUUCUUAAAAAAGACAGGACCAUGAAGAGAUACAGUGAGUCCUUAAUAAGAAACGUUGACAAAAUCAUAAGUACAUCUCUGAUUCAGCAAUUCUUCUACCAGAGUGAUCUGAAUAUGGAGAUGUUCUACAUCAUGCUCCCACCAGCCAUUCUUAAUGCUCGUAUCCAACUAAGCACAAUAUGGCAUCAUUCUCCCCACCACCACUUCAAGUAUUUGCUACAGCUGCUUCCAGAUUCAUCCCAUCGUAUGACUCUCAACUAA